AUUCCAUUCAGUCAAGCUCGUCAGCACUUAUUCCCGUAACUCGGAUUCCCCCAGAAUCGGCAUCGUCCUUGCUAGUUGCUCCCGCAUGGCCAACGACGUCGUGGGGAGCACUUCCCCCUCCUUCUCCACCACCACCUUCCGGAGCUACUUUUGGAUUCCGAUUCUGAUUUCCUUUUUGAGAUGCGUUGUUGGAUCUGCUGAGGCUCACGAUAUUGUUCUACCUAGCCAGCGCCACAAUGACUCGCUGCCUCGAUCGUCUUCCACUUGCCCCGCCCCGAACCCUAACUUGUACUACCGGCCGGUCAUCGGGAUCAUCACGCACCCCGGCGACGGCGCCUCUGGACGUCUCAGCAAUGCCACCAAUGCUUCUUCCGUUGCCGCCUCCUAUGUCAAGUUCGUUGAGUCCGCCGGAGCUCGAGUUAUUCCGUUGAUCUUUAAUGAGCCUUGGGAAACUCUUCUCAAGAAGCUGGAGUUGGUCAAUGGGGUGCUAUUUACUGGUGGUUGGGCUAAAACUGGAUCAUAUUUUGAGACUGUCGAGAAAAUCUUCAAGAAAGUUUUGGAGAAAAAUGAUGAUGGCAAUCAUUUCCCCUUAUAUGGCAUCUGCCUAGGUUUUGAACUUAUGUCAAUGAUUGUUAGCAAGGACCUAAAUAUCCUUGAAGAAUAUAAUGCAUCAAAUCAGGCAACUACGCUUGAUUUUUUCGAAAACGCAAAUCUUGAUGAAUCUAUGUUCCAAAGGUUUCCUCCGGACUUGUUAAAGAAGUUGAGCACCGAUUGUAUUGUCAUGCAAAAUCAUCAUUAUGGCAUAUCCCCACAAAGGCUUCUGAAUAAUGAAAAAUUAUCUGGGUUUUUCGAGAUCUUGACAACUUGCACAGAUGAAGAUGAUAAGGUUUAUGUAUCCACAGUGCGCUCACGGAACUACCCUGUAACUGGCUUCCAAUGGCACCCAGAGAAAAAUGCUUUUGAAUGGGGCUCGCAAAAGAUCCCACACACAGAGGAUGCUAUUCGAGUCACUCAACAUGCUGCAAACUUUUUUGUCAGUGAAGCUAGGAAAUCUACAACCAGACCAGAUGCACAAGAAGUGCGAGACAAUCUCAUUUACAAUUACAAGCCCACUUAUGGUGGGAAGGCAGGGAAAGGAUAUGACGAAGUUUAUAUCUUCACAUAAUCAAUUCUAAGUUCUCGGAAUGUCAAUCAACAAAUGAAUAUCAUAAUUAUUAUGUACAAUAAUGUUGCAAUAUAUAUACAUCCGGUAUGAUGGUCUUUGAUGUGCUUUUGCCUUGGCUGAAGCUCUGAUACGAUACGAGAAGCUGUGUCAGCUUCUUGCAAUUUUAGCGCGUGGUAGAAGAUGGCUUGUGGAUACUACAAUAAAGCGGGUGAUAUGUCACCCCAAAGAUGGCUUGUCGAUACUACGAUAAAUCAUGCCAUAUAAUUGUUCCAUGAUGUUGCAUUAUAUUUUUUUGAGUGAA